AAAGCAAAUAGAUACGGGUCUUCCCGGCCACUGGUUUGCUUUCACUUUAGGCUCUGGCUACACCAUAUCCUUUGCACGGGUGUUAUCUUUUCAGGGUUGGAAGAAUGGCAACUGCCGAAGCUUUAGCAGAGGACUUGACUUGUGCUGUGUGCCUGCACAUAUACCGGGACCCGGUCAUAUUGCCCUGCCAGCACAGUUUCUGUUUGGAAUGCAUAAACAAUGUUUGGGCGGGCUCAAUACUUUCGGUGGAAGUGAGUUGCCCUCAGUGCCGCAGAAAGUUCAGCCCUAGGCCCAGUCUGGACAAAAACUUCACUCUGGGGAGCAUAGUGGAGAAAUACAACCUGUCCCAGUCCGCUGAGGGUGAAUCUGCCCCUGUUAUGUGUGAGUACUGCUUUGAGAAUCCAUCUCCAGCCGUGAAGACCUGUCUCAAGUGUGAAACCUCGUUUUGUUCUCUUCAUUUAAAACCACAUUUGGCAAAGAAGACCUACAACGAUCACACCCUGAUCGAGCCUGUGGCUGACCUCACAAAGAGGCUGUGUACAGAUCAUAAGAAAAUCCUUGAGUUUUACUGUGAAACGGAUGAGAAGUGUGUGUGUAUAUCCUGUACAGUAAUCGGGACGCACAAGUCCCACACUCUGCUGAGUCUGGAUCAGGCAGAAGCUAAAAUCAAGGACAAGUUAAAGAAAAACGUUAAGAACCUUCAUAGAAUUCAGGAAGAUUGUUCAACUGAAAUGCAAGGCUUGAAGACAUCAGAAGAUGAAAUAAAGACAAUCUCCAAUGAACUGAAAGAGAAGUUAUCGAAGAAGUUCUCCGAGUGGAGGAAAUGGUUGGAAGAAGAUGAAGAGAAUGUACUGAAACUGAUCGAUGAGGAGGAGUGUCGAGUGCUCUCUGAGAUCAGGAGCAAUUCAGAAACACUGACAAAUAAGAUGGAAAAGAUCAGGAUAAUACAUGCUGAAUUACAGAAUCAACCGCAAAUGGAUAGCCUCUCCUUUAUUCAGGACUCUAAGCAACUCCUUUCCAGAUUUCUGCAGUUCGAAGAUACAAUGGAACCACAGGAUAUAUACCCAGCUCCAGGAGCUUUGAAUACUACAGUGUCCCAGUACAUUUCAGCAGAGAGCAAUGUCUUUCAACAUCAUUGGAAAGCAACACUGUCAGAUUUCUGUAUACAGCCCCAGGCCAGAAUGGUGGACCAAUGUACCCAAGCAACCAUGGCACCAAAGAACAAUCCUACCACUGCACCAUUUAUAUUAAAUAAAGCCGGGUACAAGAAUUAUGCACAGUUCCAGCCAGCCUCUAGAGCUACUGUCACUCAGAAUUUCACCCUGAAACUGCACAGUAUCCAUCAGCUUAUCAGGCAGCAGGUGCAACGAUCUCAGGUGUACCAGUCAGACAUGUUGAAAAUUCUAAAUAACUAUCCAUAUCAGUAAACCACAAGCUGUGGUAAGGCUGCCCGGAAGAUGACAAUGUGUUUGUCAGGCAACCAACGUAUGAUUAUUCCGAUUAAAAAUACUAUUUUCUGC